GAAAGAUCAAACAUGUUGCUAAACAUGUAGGAAUUAGCCCAACUUUAGGCCAAGUAACUCCAUAACCCAGAGCCCUUGCUGCAGACGUACCUAAACAGAGCAUCUCUUUUCUUGCUGUCUGUCAUGAGGGCCACUGCAGCGCUCUACAUGUCUGGAGUUUCCAGAGUCCGCGGUUUUGCUAAGGAGCUGCAGUGAUGUUGAUGCGGCUGGUCCUCAGUGCACACCUGAGUAGCACGACCUCUCUGCCCUGGACACACGCUGCCAUCAGCUGGGAGCUGGACAACGUGCUGAUGCCUAGUCCCAGAAUCUGGCCCCAGGUGAGUCCAACAGGCAGGUCUGCCUCUGCCAGGAGUGAGGGUAAUGCCUCCUCACUCUGGAAUUUCUCCGCUGGGCAGGAUGUGUGUGUCAUAGUAACCAGAACCUGUGGGUCUGUGCUGAGCUCUGCCGCCUACACCCGCCUCUGUGGCUGUGUGAGAUCUGCCACAAACAUUACCUGCCAGUCCUCAGGACAAUGAAGGCAGGAGGCCCGGCAGGAAGAGAACUCAAUCUGCAAGGCCCAUGAUAGCAGAGAGGGCCACCUGGGCUGCCCCCUCAGUGCCCAUCAGUCUGGUUCCCGUGGUCCCAACUAG